GUGCGAGUGUUCGACGUUCACGCAUUCGCUCUUCGCGUUCGUGGUAUGCUGGUGUGUUCAACUGUUGCAAAGCCGUUGAUGAAACGAUUGAGACAGUUUUUCGAGUCCAGAUUUCUGUAAUUAAUUUCAAUCGGACUACAAUAAUACGCAAACCAUUAAAAUGGCUGGUAUUCAAAAGAUUUAUUGGGUGGUGGCUUACUUUACAAGAUCCCAUGAAUAUGGUGUAAUACCUAUGAACUGGUUAUUAGAAAAAAAUAGUAUAAAUCCAAAUGGAACUUAUUGUCUAUGGCCUCCUAAUCCAAACAUUACUAGUGAAGAUAUAAUAAGAGCUCACCCUCCAGAUCCAUCUUGGUUAAUCUGUCAAAUCAAAAUAAUUGUCAAUAGACCAUAUGAUGAUUACGUGAGAGCUUGGCAUGAACUAUUUGUAUUAGUUGAAUCUUCUUCAACAAAAACUUCACCAAUUAUAAGGACAAAAAUUGAUCAUAAAAAGAUCCAAUUAUCAAAACCCAUAAAUGUUAGUACGUCGAACAAUGCAUGUUCUUCAAGUCAAUCAGUAGAGAGUAUUAAUAUGUCCAAUGAUGGGAUUGCAACUAGCCAAAGGUCGAUAAUGAUAAAUACUCCAAACUCGGCUGACAUUCAGACUGAUAAUUAUAUUGUUCUUACUGAUUUGGAUAUAAAAAAUAUGUUAAAUGCAAUUUAUAAUAAUGGAAUAAAUAUAAAAUUGAUGUUAAAUGAUGUAUUGUCAAAACUGGAAGAUUUGAAAAAAGUUUUUACUAAAACGAAACUAUUACAAAUCAAAAAUGUAGAUGUACAGUUCUUAGAAAAGUUUCCAAUAAAUAGUCCAGAUGAAUUAAAAUUCAUAGAAGAAUGUAUAUUUUUGAACAAAUUUAACUUUGGACCUAAAUUAGAAAUUUAUAUUAAAACAAUUGGUGGUCAUUCUUUUAAAAAUCAUGUAAUACGAGCGUUGUCAAGAUUUAUUACUGAUGAAUAUGCAAUUAAAUGUACAUGGACUGGCAGAGGAAAAGGAAAAUUGUCUAAAAUUAGUGAUAAAUGUUUGAUUAUGAUACUAAAAAGAGUUGUCCAAGAAUGUUAUGCUCCACAAAUAAACACAGAUUUAGAGUUUGAAAAAAUUGUAGUUGGGUGGCUCAAGUCUGUUGUUACAAGAUACAAUAAAUCAAAAGCUAAGACUUCAAACCCAAUCCCAUGAUAUCAAAUUCAAGACUUUUUUAUACUCAAAAUAUUUGUUAUUAUACAAUACAGUUGUUAAUUAUUUAAUGUUAUAAACGUUUAUCAAUACAUUUUAU